GGAGGCGCACACCUUGGGCCGUGGCGGUGGCGGUGGCGGCGGUGGCAGCGGCAGGCUGGGAAACUUUGCCCCUUUGUGCGCUCCGCCCCGGAGGCGGCGGGCAGGCAGCGUAGCCUUCUCCAUCAUCCUGACCCAGGGAGGGGAACUCCUCACCCUAAUCUGCCCCACCACACACCCACUGGCUCACCUCAUGCUGGAGCCCGGGGUGGGUGAGGGUGAAGAACCCACCCAGCCAAGAUGAAAUCUUCCUUGGGGGCUGCUGCUGCUACUGUCUUGCCCCAGAUCCUGGGGCCCUGCAGGUGGGAGACUGGUCCUGGAAGGAGUCCCGCGAGCCGGCUGCAGAGGAGGUGAAGAGGGUUAAGAAGAGGCGCCCAUCCCAGAGGCGGAAGCUCUUUGCCUUCACCCUUGUAGACUUGUUUAGGAGAGAAGGACCUGUUUGCAGGCAGGAGACUGGACAGUUUAACCUGGCAUCUAUGCCCCCUUCCCUGGCAACGGCAGCGUCAUGAGCCAGUUUCAGGUGCCCUUGGCAGUCCAACCGGACCUGUCAGGACUUUAUGAUUUCCCGCAGGGCCAGGUGAUGGUAGGGGGCUUCCAGGGGCCUGGGCUUCCGAUGGCUGGGAGUGAGACCCAACUUCGAGGGGGUGGAGAUGGGCGAAAGAAAAGGAAACGGUGUGGGACCUGCGAUCCCUGCCGACGUCUGGAAAACUGUGGGUCUUGUACCAGCUGCACCAAUCGUCGGACACACCAGAUCUGCAAACUCCGCAAGUGUGAGGUGCUGAAGAAAAAAGCGGGGCUCCUUAAGGAGGUGGAAAUAAAUGCUCGUGAAGGAACGGGGCCCUGGGCACAAGGGGCGACUGUCAAGACAGGCUCAGAGCUCAGCCCAGUUGAUGGACCUGUUCCAGGUCAGAUGGACUCAGGGCCAGUGUACCAUGGAGAUUCAAGGCAGCUAAGCACCUCAGGGGCGCCCGUCAAUGGUGCUAGAGAGCCUGCCGGACCCAGUCUUCUGGGAGCUGCGGGUCCUUGGCGGGUAGACCAGAAGCCCGACUGGGACGCUGCCUCAGGCCCUGCUCACACCGCUCGCCUGGAAGAUGCCCACGAUCUGGUGGCCUUUUCGGCUGUGGCCGAAGCUGUGUCCUCUUACGGGGCCCUUAGCACCCGGCUCUAUGAAACCUUCAACCGUGAGAUGAGUCGUGAGGCUGGGAACAACGGCAGGGCACCCCGGCCUGAGAGCUGCUCUGAGGGCAGUGAAGACCUGGACACGUUACAGACGGCCCUGGCCCUGGCGAGGCAUGGCAUGAAACCACCCAACUGCAACUGCGAUGGCCCAGAGUGCCCCGACUACCUCGAGUGGCUGGAGGGGAAGAUCAAGUCUGCGGCCAUGGAGGGAGGGCAGGGGCGGCCCAGGCUCCCAGGCACUCUGCCUCCGAGUGAGGCUGGCCUUCCAGCCCCAAGCACCAGACCACUCCUUAGCUCUGAGGUCCCCCAGGUACCUCCCCUGGAGGGCCUGCCUCUGUCCCAGAGCGCCCUGAGCAUUGCCAAGGAAAAAAACAUCAGCCUGCAGACAGCCAUCGCCAUCGAGGCCCUCACACAGCUCUCCUCAGCCCUCCCUCAGCCUUCUCAUUCCACCUCCCAGGCUUCUUGUCCACUCCCUGAGGCCUUGUCCCCUUCUGCCCCUUUCAGGUCUCCCCAGUCCUACCUCCGGGCCCCCUCGUGGCCCGUGGUUCCCCCAGAGGAACAUCCAUCCUUUGCUCCUGACAGCCCAGCCUUCCCUCCAGCAACUCCAAGAACUGAGUUUUCUGAAGCAUGGGGCACUGACACCCCUCCAGCGACACCCCGGAACUCCUGGCCUGUACCUCGCCCGAGCCCCGACCCUAUGGCUGAACUGGAGCAGCUAUUGGGCAGCGCCAGUGAUUACAUCCAGUCAGUAUUCAAGCGGCCCGAGGCCCUUCCCACCAAGCCCAAGGUCAAGAUUGAGGCCCCCCCUUCCUCCCCCGCUCCAGCACCAUCUCCUAUUUCCCAGAGGGAGGCUCCCCUGCCAUCUUCAGAGCCUGACACCCACCAGAAGGCCCAGACAGCGCUUCAGCAACACCUUCAUCACAAGCGCAACCUGUUCUUGGAACAGGCCCAUGAUGCCUCCUUCCCUACUUCCACAGAGCCUCAGGCUCCUGGUUGGUGGGCCCCACCAGGCUCACCUGCCCCGCGGCCUCCUGACAAACCACCCAAGGAAAAGAAAAAGAAGCCCCCUACUCCAGCUGGAGGUCCUGUGGGAGCAGAGAAAACCACCCCUGGGAUCAAGGCCAGUGUCCGAAAGCCCAUUCAGAUCAAGAAGUCCAGGUCCAGGGACAUGCAGCCCCUCUUCCUGCCUGUUAGGCAGAUUAUUCUGGAAGGGCUAAAACCCCAAGCCUCCGAAGGACAGGCACCUACACCUGCCCAGCUCCCCGUCCCGCCCCCCGCCUCCCAGGGUGCUGCCUCCCAGAGCUGUGCUACCCCUCUACCCCCAGAACCUUCUCUUGCGCUGUUUGCACCUAGUCCCUCUGGGGACAGCCUGCUGCCCCCUACUCAGGAAAUGAGAUCCCCCAGCCCCAUGGUAGCCCUGCAGUCAGGCUCCACUGGUGGCCCCCUUCCCCCUGCCGAUGACAAGCUGGAAGAGCUCAUCCGGCAAUUUGAGGCUGAAUUUGGGGAUAGCUUUGGGCUUCCUGGCCCUCCUUCGGUGCCCAUUCAAGACCCUGAAAACCAAUCAACAUGUCUCCCAACUCCGGAGAGCCCUUUCGCCACCCGCUCCCCCAAGAAGAUCAAGAUUGAGUCUUCAGGGGCUGUGACUGUGCUCUCAACCACCUGCUUCCAUUCAGAAGAGGGAGGACAGGAGGCCACUCCCACCAAGGCCGAGAACCCACUCACACCCACCCUCAGUGGCUUCUUGGAGUCACCUCUUAAGUACCUAGACACACCUACGAAGAGUCUGCUGGACACACCUGCCAAGAAGGCCCAGGCUGAGUUCCCCACCUGCGAUUGUGUCGAACAAAUAGUGGAGAAGGAUGAAGGCCCAUAUUACACUCACCUGGGAUCUGGCCCCACAGUAGCCUCUAUCCGGGAACUCAUGGAGGAUCGGUAUGGAGAAAAGGGGAAAGCUAUUCGGAUCGAGAAGGUCAUCUACACGGGCAAGGAGGGGAAGAGUUCUCGAGGCUGUCCCAUUGCCAAGUGGGUGAUCCGAAGACACACACUGGAGGAGAAGCUGCUGUGCCUGGUACGGCAUCGGGCGGGCCACCAUUGUCAGAAUGCUGUGAUCGUCAUCUUGAUCCUGGCCUGGGAGGGCAUCCCUCGCAGCCUUGGAGACACCCUCUACCAGGAGCUCACUGAUACCCUCCGGAAGUAUGGGAACCCUACCAGCCGGAGAUGUGGCCUCAACGAUGACCGUACCUGUGCUUGCCAAGGCAAAGACCCCAACACCUGUGGUGCCUCCUUCUCCUUCGGCUGCUCCUGGAGCAUGUACUUCAACGGCUGCAAAUACGCCCGGAGCAAGACGCCACGGAAGUUCCGCCUCACAGGAGACAAUCCGAAAGAGGAGGAGGUGCUCCGGAAUAGCUUUCAGGACCUGGCCACUGAAGUUGCUCCCCUAUACAAGCGGCUGGCACCCCAGGCCUAUCAGAACCAGGUGACCAAUGAGGACGUGGCGAUCGACUGCCGUCUGGGACUGAAGGAAGGGAGGCCCUUCUCUGGGGUCACAGCCUGCAUGGACUUCUGUGCCCACGCCCACAAGGACCAACAUAACCUCUACAAUGGGUGCACUGUGGUCUGCACCCUGACCAAGGAAGACAAUCGCUGCGUGGGCCAGAUCCCCGAGGAUGAGCAGCUGCAUGUGCUACCCCUGUACAAGAUGGCCACCACGGAUGAGUAUGGCAGUGAGGAGAACCAGAAUGCAAAGGUCAGCAGUGGGGCCAUCCAGGUGCUCACAGCAUUCCCUAGAGAGGUCCGGCGGCUGCCCGAGCCUGCCAAGUCCUGCCGCCAACGGCAGCUGGAAGCCAGGAAGGCGGCGGCCGAGAAGAAGAAGCUGCAGAAGGAGAAGCUGAGCACGCCAGAGAAGAUCAAGCAGGAGGCCCUGGAGUUGGCUGGAGUCACCACUGACCCAGGCCUGUCUCUGAAGGGUGGAUUGCCCCAGCAAAGCCUGAAGCCCUCACUCAAGGUGGAGCCUCAGAACCACUUUAGCUCCUUCAAGUACAGCGGCAAUGCAGUGGUGGAGAGCUACUCGGUGCUGGGCAGCUGCCGGCCCUCCGACCCCUACAGUAUGAGCAGCGUGUAUUCCUAUCACUCACGCUACGCGCAGCCUGGCCUGGCCUCCGUCAACGGCUUCCACUCCAAGUACACACUUCCCUCCUUCGGCUACUAUGGCUUCCCAUCUAGCAACCCUGUCUUCCCCUCCCAGUUCUUGGGUCCCAGUGCCUGGGGACACGGGGGCGGCGGAGGCAGUUUUGAAAAGAAGCCAGACCUCCAUGCUCUACACAACAGCCUGAACCCGGCCUACGGUGGUGCUGAGUUUGCCGAGCUGCCUGGCCAGGCUGUUUCCACAGACAACCACCACCCCGCCCCUCACCACCAGCAGCCUGCUUACCCAGGCCCCAAGGAAUAUCUGCUACCCAAGGUCCCCCAGCUCCACCCAGCAUCCAGGGACCCCUCUCCCUUCGCUCAGAGCUCCAGUUGCUAUAACAGAUCCAUCAAGCAAGAGCCAGUCGACCCUCUGACCCAGGCUGAGGCCGUACCCAGAGACUCUGGUAAGAUGAGUAGAACGCCCUUGCCUGAAGCAUCUCAGAAUGGAGGACCCAGUCAUCUGUGGGGACAGUACUCAGGAGGCCCAAGCAUGUCCCCGAAGAGGACUAACAGUGUAGGUGGCAACUGGGGAGUGUUCCCUUCGGGGGAAAGCCCCACCAUUGUUCCCGACAAGCUCAAUUCUUUUGGGGCCAGCUGUCUCACCCCUUCACACUUCCCAGAUAGCCAGUGGGGACUGUUCACUGGUGAAGGUCAGCAGUCAGCCCCGCAUCCCGGAGGACGGCUUCGAGGCAAGCCAUGGAGCCCUUGCAAGUUUGGGAACGGCACCUCGGCCUUGUCUGGUCCCAGCCUGCCUGAGAAGCCAUGGGGGAUGGGAGCAGGGGAUUUCAACUCCUCCCUGAAAGGUGGCCCUGGGUUCCAAGACAAGUUGUGGAAUCCUGUGAAGGUGGAAGAGGGCAGGAUUCCCACACCAGGGGCCAACCAGCUGGAGAAAGCCUGGCAGGCCUUUGGCAUGCCCUUGAGCUCCAACGAGAAGCUAUUUGGGGCCCUGAAGUCAGAGGAGAAGCUAUGGGAUCCCUUCAGUCUGGAGGAGGGGACAGCUGAGGAGCCCCCCAGCAAGGGGGUGGUGAAGGAAGAGAAGACUGGGCCCGGAGUGGAAGAGGACGAGGAGGAGCUGUGGUCGGACAGUGAACACAACUUCCUGGACGAGAACAUAGGUGGUGUGGCUGUGGCCCCCGCCCACUGCUCCAUCCUCAUCGAGUGUGCCCGUCGAGAGCUACAUGCCACCACACCACUCAAAAAACCCAACCGCUGCCACCCCACCCGCAUCUCGCUGGUCUUCUACCAGCACAAGAACCUCAACCAGCCCAACCAUGGGCUGGCGCUUUGGGAGGCCAAGAUGAAGCAGCUGGCGGAACGAGCGCGGCAGCGGCAAGAGGAGGCCGCACGCCUAGGCCUGGGCCAGCAGGAGGCCAAGCUCUAUGGGAAGAAGCGAAAAUGGGGGGGUGCUAUGGUGGCUGAGCCCCAGCACAAAGAAAAGAAGGGGGCUGUUCCUACCCGGCAGGCACUGGCCAUGCCCACAGACUCGGCAGUCACCGUGUCCUCUUACGCCUACACAAAGGUCACUGGCCCCUACAGCCGCUGGAUCUAGGUGCCAGGAGCCAGCGUACCUCAGCGUCGGGCCCGGCCCGAGCUGCUCUGUGGUGCUUUUGCCCUCAUGCCCGGGGGCGGGUUGGGGGUGCAGAAGUCUCUCUAUAUCUACAUAUAUGGAUAUGCUUAUCAUAUAUAUGUAUUUAUGGUCCAAACCUCAGAACUGACCCGCCCUCCCUCCUCUAUUUCCCCAGCACUUUGAAGAAACUACGGCUGUCGGGUGAUUUUUUUUUUUUUUUGAUCUUAAUAUUUAUAUCUCCAUGUUUUAUUUUUUUCCCCUUGUUUUGGGGGGCUUUUAUUUUCCUUUUGUUUUUAAAAUUUUAUCCUUGUAUAUCACAAUAAUGGAAAGAAAGUUUAUAGUGUCCUUUCACAAAGGAGCGUAGUUUUAAAUUCCAUUUAAAAUAUGUAUUUAUUGGAUUUUUUAAAACGACAAUAGUAAUGGGUUACAGGUGGGCAGAACAGGCCGGCAGCACUUCCUGCCUGUCGAGCCCAGCCUCCUGGGAGCUGCAGUUUCUCCCAGCCAUCUGCCCCCACAAACCAAGGUUAGCAUGGAGCCCUGGUCUAUCCCUCCUUUCCACAGGCUAGGGAGCCUUUGGGACCACCCCGUUCUCCUCUGUGGAAUGGGGGAAGCUGCAGACAUCUGGGGGCCUGGCCUGAAGAUGCUGGUGUUAGAUGUCCCCAGAAACCAGGUUGGAAGUAGACAGCUUCAAGCUUGCUAGUCUCCACACUGAAUCCUCUCUGUCCGUUAUUUAUCAAGUCAUAUGAUGUCCUGGUUCGCUAGGCAGCACCUCAAGCUGGAGCAGGAGUCGAGAGGCUCCUAGGAGCCCUUCUCGUCCUGUUGAUAAAACUGGUGAGUAUUGGGCGGAAGGGAGCUUAGUGGCAAUUUUCUUUAAAAUCGCCCCAAAGUUUGUCGAUACUGAAAAAGGGCUACUGUAUCUUUAGAAACGAGAAGUUGAACCCAAGCUGUGAAGAGCCAGUGUGCUGUGUGGCGCUCUGCGGGGCGCUCUCUGCGGUGCUGUGUGUGCGGUGCUGGAACCUGGUGCUGUAGUGUUGUGCUGGGACUUUUCUGACUCUCAGGGCAGGUGGCAUCCUGCCGGAGCUCAGCAAGCCAGUGUGAUGGCAGGUCACGCAUCGGCCUUAUUCCUGGAUCUUCACACGGGACGAUGGUGCAGUCCUCCCAGCCCUCGCAGGGUAUGGCCUACACUUCAUUUAAAGUGCCAGGGUCAGGCGUUUUCAAACAGGUUGCUAUGCUUUUCCUCCUUCGAGGGGGCCAGUUCUCCAAUGGAUCUUUCCUCUCCUCCCUCUCCCCUCUCCACCUCCCCUGUAACACGCCCGUUCUAAAAUCCUGGUGCAUCCAUUCAGCUCUUUGAAAAUGAGAAAUGUUGGUGCUUUAAUUUCUGUGACAUCGACGAGAGAGAGAGGUCGGGCCUGGCAGGUGGAGGCGGUGCUUGUCCGCAGCAGGUCAGUCCUCAUGGAGAGUUUGUUCUCAGAUGUCUUUGGCCGUGUUGUCAGGCCGCUCGUGAGGACGUGUGUGGUGUGU